AUGGACACAGAUUCUCUCCAACAACAACUAUAACUCAUUUACUAAACAUUUAGUCUAGAUUAAUCAACAUUCAAAUUAAUGUAGGAAAUGACUAAUAACUAUAUUUUAAAUAAUAAAACGAAUGAUUAUAUAGUCAUUCCAAGAAUAGCUUUAUGGUUGGCAUCAAAAUAAUAAUAAAUUGCUGCUAUUGAUGGCUCUAUUGUCUAUGGUUCAGGAAUAUCCAUAAAUUCAAUUAUUAAUGAUUGCUAAAAUAAAGGAAUCAAUAAUAUUGAUCAAUUAAUCGAUGUGGCAAUUAAUAUGGUUACAGACUUAAAAGUUGAUUAAACAUGUUUAAAAACUUUAACUCUUCUCAAACAUAAUAAUUCAAUUCUAAAUAUGUUUUAUUAAAAAAUGGAGGCACUUUUACUCCAUUUCAAAAUCAAUGAUUAAAAUAUUCUUAUCAAAAAUAUCACUUGGCUACUUUUUCUAAUUACAAAAAGUAAAUAUAUUUUAUAUAUUUUAUUAGAAUCUUUAAAUUUACAAGAUGUGGUCUAAUCUACCUGCAUUCUUAUUUCAAUUCUAACAAUAAUACUUAGUUAAUUAUUGAAUUCCUUUACUACUACUAAUAAAAUGCUUUCAGAUAUUAAAAAAUAAGCCACAGGAGAAGAUGAAUAAUAAUUACUAAUACAACAAUUUCUAAUUAAUCAAUUCAAAAUAUAAGACAUAGAUUUAUUCUCCUCUAUUAAUUUACAAACUAAACUUUAAUAUGCUGAAUUAAUUAAGCAAAAUAUUAUUAAAUAACUUAAGAAUACUACUGGUCUUUCUAUUUUCAUGGCUAGUAUUAUUAAUUCUAAUUAAUAUAAAUUAGAUUAAUAAUAUAAAUAAUUACUCAAAUAAGAUGAAUUUGAUGAAAGAUUACUCAUUCCUGAUAGAUAAAAGAAUCUAACACCAAAAAAACUUACACCAAAUCUUAAUACUUUAAAAUCAAUUAAUAUUAAAUAAUUAGCUAUGUAAUCAAAGUGUGAUUAAAGUAGAGAAUUGUCAUCAUCUUCAUCAUAAUAACAAUAAUAAAAUCGUUAUCAAAAACUAUUAAAUUAUGAAUUAGAUACUAAAAUUACACUUACAACCAAUUUAAGAGAAAUUAAAUUACCAUAAACUGUUUUAAUGUCUCCUUAUGCAUAAUAAUCAAUUGUAGCCACUCCAAUGACUGAAGCUAUGGAAAUGUAUAAUUGGAUACAUGAAAAAUAAUAACCUUUUAAAAAAUUGUUUAAAAAUGGAAUUUUAAAUGUUAAUUCAAUUUUAUCACACAUUCCUCAAACAUUACUUAAUCUAUAAAAUUAAUCCAAAUUCUAUGAUUUGAUAGAUUAAACAUUUAACGAAUGUAUUUAAUAUUGUCAAGAGAGCAAUCUUAUUGAUGAAAAUAAAUCUAAAACUAAUUAAUAUUGGACUUUAUAUAUUUUAUUACUAGAUAAAUCUAAUUUCUAAAUUGAUGUAUCUAUGCUCAAAAGUUUAAUAUGUUUUUGUAUAGAAUGUGUUUAUUUCAUUUUAAAUAAAUAAUCAUAACUCUUAGAUUAAUUAAUGUAGAAAUGUGAUAUUCAACAUUACUAACUUUGGAAAUGGUUGGAUUUCUUCUUAAAUUAAUUUGAUACAAAAAUACCACAUUAACUAAAAGAACAUAUUCUAGAUAUUGAAGUUAAAUUUGUAUCCUAUUCUAUAUGGGCUUGUGAUAGUCAAUCCGAAUUGAUCAAAUUUCUUAAUGAAAUACAUUUAAGUAGAUACUAAUAAAAUAAUAAUUAAAUGAAUAGAUUAUUCAAACGAGUAUUACAUUAUUGUGCAUUUUAAAUCUAAAUUAUUUGCAGCAAUAUUAAAUUAUAAGAAUAAUUAUAGGAAUAUAUUUGGAUUACUAUCAAAUACAUUAUUAGUGAAAAAACUGAUCAUCUAAGACAUCACUCUUUAGAUUAAGUUGUUUUGGCUAGUAUUUAUGCUGUUACAAAAUUAACAGGAAAUUAACUAAAAUUUUAAUAGAUUAUUAAUGCCUAUGAAAUCACAAACACAUGGUAUUCAAAGCAAUUUAUUAAAAAGAUAGUCUGUAAUACAUAUAUUUCAAAUGAUAGUAUGGGUAUAUUUAUAUUUUGAUUCUUAGGUGACAUUGUUUCCUAUUAUAAUUAGAGUUUUAUUCCUUAAAUUAAAUCCUUUAUGUUAUAAAUGUCAAAUGAAAUUAAAUCAAAUAGUGUUCCAUAAUCUCCUAUGAAUAAUAAAAAUCCAGCUUUGAAUAAUAAAGUUUUAGAUUCACCUCUAAGGGAUAUACUUCCAAAAUAAUAAAGUGUUACUUAAAAUUUUUAAUCCUAACAUGCUGGCUUAAUGACUCCUGCAACUUAAUUAUUAUAUGCAUAUUAGGAAUCUCCUCUCUUAAAAUAAUAGGCCAAACCACAAUAAUAAUUACCUUAAUCAAAAGAAAAUAUGUAUAACAAUUCAAAUAUCAAUAACAAAAUUGAUUAUAGUUAAGAGACAUAAGAUUUCAUCUUAAAAAAAUGUAUUAAAAUUAUAUAUAAUUCUUAUAGUUGAAUAGCUAAAGAAUAAUAAAAGCAAAUAAAUUAAUAGCAAAACUAGUUUUUCAAUUUUAUAGUAAGGAACUCCUAAAAUUAUGAAUAGUAGCAGAACAAACAAUAGUGCUAUGUUAUAACAUAAUUAAACUUAAAACAGUCAACAAUCCAAUGAACAAAACUCCACAUUUUGUAAACUUUUAAACUUUGAAUAAUGA